UAGCAUUCUGUUAGACCCGCACCCGUUCUAAGCCAUUUGUUCUCACUGUGCAUCUGGGCUCGUGGUACCCGAAAGGCAUCUCACAGCUUUAUAUGAGAUGUAAUCUAGCAGAAUGGAGCCCCUGGCAUGCACAGAGAUGGCAAGAUACUGUGAUCAGAAUGCAUCUAUGUCCUUGCUUUUAUUGCAGGGGUGGAUAGAGAUAUUAAGGGUGGAGCCCGCCUGGCCAACUGAUGACUAAAAGACACACAGCGUGGCUUUACUGAACUUUAAAAUUAUGAUGGGUGUCAGAAAGUGGAAAGGGUGAUUUUGUGUCCAAAGGCUAUAGUGAUAGUAAAGACUGAGAUAUUUUAUUCAUGAAUGUUUUCAUUUGUUUCUCUCAUCAUGUAGUUGUUUUGAGGUAUAGGUGCUAUUCAUUUUGCAGCAGUAAGCUAAGAUGAGCUUUAGUAAGGCAUUGUGUCUAAACACAGACAGGAAAUUCCUGAGGGCUGGCAGAUUUGAUGGACUAUAAAGCCAAAGCAGACACCCACAUGGGUAGUUGUUUAAUCCUCAGGAUCAGCGACCAAUCGUACGGCAGAACAGAAAAAAACUGGGAAUAACGUCACAUGGCACGUCUCACUCACUGCUGAUGUCGACACUUUCUCUCCGUGAGCUCAUCAAAACCACAUUAUCUUUCCCAGAAUAAUGUAUACACUCCACUGCCUGAAAAACAAAUUCCUUGAUUCACUGCGAUGAUGAUGUUUCAUGUUUCAUUAUGAGCAAUGGCUCAUUAACUAUAGCUGCAUUCCAUCUCAUUAUUUCCAUAUACAAUAUCCAUUAUAUAUGAAAUCCUGGACGUGGUGUUUAUGCAACAAGUGAAGAACCUGAAAUGAUUUCCCAGUGAUUUUGAACUAAUGUUAUUUUUUGCCUGUCUAUCACAACAAUCUCAUAUUGCAGUGCAACUACUGUAUUGUAUUUUUACAUUACGUGCCUUGUUUUUUAUGCAUGAACUCAAAGCCCGCACACAAAAGCUUUGAUCCUGUAAAACCUCAUCCCUCACGUGGUGUCACCAUCUCUUUAAAUGAUCUCUCUGCUCCAAAACAAAUCCAGCUGGAAGCUGAUCAAUACGCAGCGCUGCCGAAAAGAUGACAUUACGGUUUGAGGCUUUCUGUCCUGAUGGUCUGUGUCCAGGAUGGUGUUUCCUUCUGAAGGGAGAAACCCCAGCAGAAGCCAACAAGUUUGAGAUUAAUUUCCUGUGUGACAAGGAUGACAGAAUAGCCUUCCAGUUCAACACUCGCUUCACUGAGUCAGAUAUCAUCUGCAACUCCUUCAUGGCAAACCACUGGGGAAAAGAAGAGAGAUGCAGCAAUAUUCCCUUUGGGGUAAAAGAGCCUUUCCAGAUUGAAAUCUACUCUGACAACGGAUACUUUUAUGUUUACAUUGACGACACCAAGGUUAUGCAGUAUAAGCACCGUGUGGAAGACCUUAAGACCAUCACUAAAGUACAAGUGGUUAAUGACGUCAAUAUCUCAUCUUUAGAGAUCACCAAAAAACAUUAUUACUGAGGCUGUGUAUUAAGUGUGUGACAUGUUUUGGCUGAGCACAGCGCUAUGACAGCUAUACAAGCAGUGGUUUAUUGUAUGUUUCACAUUUCUGUUUACCAGUUUAUUGCUGGUAAAGGUGUGGUUAUCUGUAUUGAUGUGCCUCCAUAUUCAUAAAAACCUAAGAAUAAAUUCAAUGUUUGAAUAGACGAUGAUCUGAUCAGAUAAAUUUAGCAAUUCUAAUACUAUUUUUUCGAUAGGUUUGUGAAGUUAUAAUUAAUACUUUUUCUUGGUUCCCUGAGGCACCUCCUAAAUACUAUAAUCGAGUUUUGGAGACAAAAGUCUCCAUUAAAUGUACAGCCUCUAGCAUUUACCAAAUAAAUGCUGUGCUAUCGAGUUUUUCACCCCUUUCAAAUAUAAAACAGAAUUGGUAAUCAGAUCUUAACCACUUUUUCACAGAUGAGUACUGGGCAAAAGUCAUUCAUACCUUAUUUAUCUGUGCUCACUAUGCACUAAUGCAGUAUAAGUUAGUGCACAUGCAGAAUUUAUUGGACAAAGACUAAAUUGUCCAAGUUCAACCCAGAUCUUGGGAUUAUAUGUGACAGAUGCUGACAAGCUUCAGGAACUCUUUCCCAAACUUUCUGGCUUUUCCCAGCACUGAACUCUUUUUUUGACGUCAAUCUUAAAUCUAUUUCUGAUAUGUUUCUUUUGGACAUUGAACCAUG